UUUAAGCUCAUCUCACACUUCUUGCAACUAUAGGCUUCUUCAUAUAUCAAAAAAAAAAAACAAAGAACAAUGAUGUCUUUCGUCGCAAACUUGGUCAUCAAGAGCUUUGACUGUGGUUCAAUGGUAUGUGUUGAAGAUGUGGUGGAUAGUUCUCGUGCAGCUUAUGUUGAGAAUGGUGGUGAUGACGAUGACAGUGGCUAUGAUUAUGCUCCUGCUGCGUGAUUGUCUCCUACUAGUAUAUAAAUGUAAUUUAGGAGAAAAAGAGAUGAUAAGGUGAUUGAUUUAGAUAUAUAUCUAGCUAGUUAGGUCAUGAAUGUUAUGUACUAGAUAGUGUGGUGUGAUGAGUCUUCUUAUAAAUGAACAUACAUACCCUUGACGGUGGUAGCAAAUUCAUCUCUUCCUUAAGCCUCCCAUGUAUCUCUUCCUUUAACUAACAUCACUUUUUUUU